GACGCAUUGGGGAGCGGAUGCCCUAUACAAAAACUUAAAUCAGAAAUUAAUAGGACGCAAUCUGUAUACAAUGGUGAAACAAAUAUCUCAACAGUGUGAAAUUUGUUUACAUAAUAACCCUAAUGUGGUGAAUAAAGUAAAGUUGGGGAUAAUUGGCAAAGGAAAUUAUCCAGGACAACAGUGGCAAAUUGAUUUUUCGGAACUCCCAAGAAAAGGGGGGUACCGAUACUUGUUAGUCAUGACUGACACAUUUUCAGGCUGGCCAGAGGCUUUCCCCUGCCGAACAAACAAAGCAAGAGAAGUAACUAAGAUAUUGUUGAAUGAAAUCAUUCUUCGUUUUGGAAUUCCAGCAACAAUAUCUUCCGAUCGAGGUUCUCAUUUUUGUGCCAAAGUAGUACAGCAGGUGAGCCAAACUUUAAGGAUAGACUGGCAGUUACAUCCUACUGCCUUUCAUAGUUUUGUCCGAUGGUUUCUUCCAUGGUUGGGAGUAAGUGAGUUAGAAAAAGCCAUAGUUAACAUUUCGGCAGUAAUAGAAAACCUUGAGAAUAGAACAAUUGAUGCAAUAAGAGCCCAACAAUUAGAAAUAUCCAGUUUAUCUCAAAUUGUACAACAAAAUAGAAUGGCAUUAGAUCUAUUAUUGACCUCUCAGGGUGGAGUAUGCACAGUUAUAAAUACAAGUUGUUGCAUGUAUAUAGAUCAAAGUGGAAGAAUCUCCACUGACUUAAAAGAAAUUUGGAAACAGAGCAAAAUACUACAUGAGGUAACAAAGGAUGACCUCCCAUGGGGAUUUAAAGAAUUGUGGGACAAACUAACAUCCUGGCUGCCAAAUUUCAGGUGGCUAAAGCAAAUUUUUAUUAUGGUUAUAAUUUUAAUGACUUUAGGAAUGAUGGUCUGCAUUAUGCUUAAGUGUUUUGUGUGGUGUUGUCAGAGCAUGGUAGGAAAUUACGAAAGUUGGAAACGAAAUAAAAUCAGACAUCAAGUAGAAACCGGAAAAUACUUUACACGGUCUCUCGGAAGUAGUGGAAUCCUAUAGUUGCAAAAGAAUUUGCAAAGGUUUAAAGAAAAGGGGGUGA